ACAUAAAUGUUCCAACCCACCACAUCUACAUCAGGACCAGCUUGUAAACUAAUUGCUGUGUUAGAUGGUGACAUUUUCAAUUGCCAAAAAUUGUGAACUUCCUUAACUAUGUAGUUCCUUCGCACUCUUUCACUUCAUGUUUGUUCCUUAUACAUUUGCUCCCUAUUACUUUAUAUAUAGUUUCUUGAUCAAUUAGCACAAAACAAAUUCACUCUUUUUUUAAGUUUUUGAAGAAGAAAAAAAACUCAAAUUUUUGAUAUAUUCUCUUUGGCAUGGAGAUGAAGACUAGUUUCAUUUGCAUUUUCUUGAUUGUCCUCCUCAUUGCUCCUUUUUCUUCUUCAGGAAAAAUGGAUUUGUCAAAGAUGGAUUCAGAAAUUUAUGAAAUUGAUUAUAGAGGUCCAGAAACUCAUACUUACAUUCCUCCACCAAAAGGAUCAAGGGGAAAACACAACUUUCAUCAUCAAAGCAUGUUAAAACAUCAUCGUAAAUUCAAAGGCUUGAAAGCUAGUAAACUUGGAGAAAUUAGUGGGGAGAAAAUUCAUGGAUGAAUUUGUAAGAAAUUUGAUGUGUUUGGUGGAGUUUUCUUUUUUGAAAGUUGGAUGAACAAUUAAGAAGAGUGUUUCUGCAGUUUGGAGAUACAUAUUAAAUGCAUUAGAAUGUGGUUUUUAUUUCUUUCAUUUAUAAUAUAUCUCCCAAAAAUUGUAUAAAUGAGGCUUAUGAGACUUUGAUUAGUGCUAUGUAACCAUUAUUAUCAUUAUCAUUAUAUUAUUAUUAUUGUUAUUAUUAUUA